UCCUCUCUUCGUUAUAUAUCGUUUAUUUCCUAGGGUUUUGUUUCUCUGUUUCAUCUCGAGCCGUCGCCUUCUUCAUCGCUCGGAGAUCAUCAAAAACCCUAGCAACCAUGUCUUUAGUCGCGAACGAGGAUUUUCAGCACAUUCUUCGUGUUCUCAACACGAACGUCGAUGGAAAGCAAAAGAUCAUGUUCGCUCUCACAUCGAUCAAGGGUAUCGGCCGUCGAUUCGCCAACAUCGUCUGCAAAAAAGCGGAUGUUGACAUGAACAAGAGGGCCGGAGAGCUCUCAGCUGCUGAGCUUGAGAAUCUGAUGACGAUCGUUGCUAAUCCUCGUCAGUUCAAGAUCCCGGAUUGGUUUUUGAACAGAAAGAAGGAUUAUAAAGAUGGGAGGUACUCUCAGGUUGUUUCCAAUGCUUUGGAUAUGAAGCUCAGGGAUGAUUUGGAACGCUUGAAGAAAAUCAGGAACCACCGUGGGCUGAGGCACUACUGGGGCCUUCGUGUCAGGGGGCAGCACACUAAAACCACUGGCAGGAGAGGAAAGACCGUUGGUGUCUCUAAGAAGCGUUGAAACCUUGAGUUUCAUCUGGUUCGGUUUUGAGGCUGGAAGUUCAAUUAGACAUUGUGUAGCUCAGCUUGUCUUGGACAAUGUUUUAGGCUUGUUUUUCGGUAAUCAGUUGAACAAUGUAAGUCUCGAGUUAGAACAAUUCAUGUCUCGUGUGUGGUUUUUCCUACUCUAUAAUUAUGUUUCUCCGUCUGAGUUUAUUUAUCAAGGUAUUUUCUUUUGAGAUUGA